CCCCUUCCCAAUUAAUGCAGAAGCUUUAUUCUAUUGAGAAACCUCUCAGCCAAUGAGAUUAGAGCUCUGCAGAAUACAGUGAGGUAUGGGAGCCCUGGAGGGGCGGGUGGAAAAAGCAACUGCAGCAUUUUUGAGAGACUGCCCUGUCGGCUUGAAGUCUUCAGCCCUAUCGGACAGUGCACACAUAUGGGUGCAUGUGCUGGCUCUCCACACCAGCAAGCAAGUACCUAAAAAGCAGUCAAGAUGACUUGGAACCUUUUCAAAAAACAUCCCAAACCUGAACCCAUAAUAGCCGUUACUACAGGUGGUCCAAUACCUCCUACCGCUACAGUGGCACCAGCAGUCUCCCAGGAAAAUGCAACGCAGAUCUCAGGCCCAGUGGAGGACACUUUUGAAAAAUUUAAAGAAAAGUUAAUGAAUGAAAUAAAUAGAAUACCUUUGCCGCCAUGGGCCCUGAUUGCCAUUGCUGUCGUUGGUGGAUUGUUGCUGCUGACCUGCUGCUUUUGCAUCUGCAAGAAAUGCUGUUGCAAGAAGAAGAAGAACAAGAAGGACAAAAAGGGGAUGAAAAAUGCUAUGAACAUGAAAGAUAUGAAAGGCCAGAACAAACAGGAUGAUGAUGAUGAUGGAGAUGGCGAUGAGGAGGGAGAAGAGGAAGAGGAAAAGGAACCAGAGAAUCUGGGCAAACUGCAGUUCUCCCUAGAUUAUGAUUUCCAGGCUAACCAGCUCACAGUUGGAAUCCUCCAAGCAGCUGAACUUCCGGCAUUGGACAUAGGAGGUACAUCUGAUCCUUAUGUCAAAGUCUUCAUACUUCCAGACAAAAAGAAGAAGUUUGAGACCAAAGUACAAAAGAAGACCCUCAAUCCAACAUAUAAUGAGACUUUUGUCUUUAAGAUUCCAUACCAAGAGCUUGGUGGGAAGACUUUGGUGAUGGCCAUCUAUGACUUUGACCGAUUUUCUAAGCAUGAUAUCAUUGGGGAAGUCAAGGUACCCAUGAAUACUGUGGACUUAGGACAACCCAUUGAAGAAUGGAGGGAUCUAGAGAGUGCAGAAAAAGAGGAACCAGAGAAACUGGGAGACAUCUGUAUCUCAUUACGAUAUGUACCCACUGCUGGGAAAUUGACUGUCUGCAUACUGGAGGCCAAGAAUUUGAAAAAGAUGGAUGUUGGAGGACUUUCUGAUCCCUAUGUGAAAAUUCAUCUGCUGCAGAAUGGCAAAAGGCUUAAGAAGAAGAAGACUACAGUCAAAAAGAAGACCCUGAACCCCUAUUUCAAUGAAUCUUUCAGCUUUGAGAUUCCCUUUGAGCAGAUACAGAAAGUGCAAGUUGUAAUUACUGUUCUGGAUUAUGACAAGUUGGGAAAGAAUGAAGCUAUUGGAAAAGUCUUUGUUGGCAACAAUGCCUCAGGCACAGAGCUCAGGCACUGGUCUGACAUGCUGGCCAACCCUCGCCGCCCCAUUGCCCAGUGGCACUCCUUGAAACCUGAAGAAGAGGUGGAUGCAGCUCUUGGAAAAAACAAAUAGGCAGCUCCAUUUCCCAACAUCACCUAAUGAACAUUCAAAGUGAUCCAGAGCUAUCAAUACCUCAGUUAGGCAACAUUUAAUUUUUGUUCUCUUUUCUAAGCUGCAACAUUCUUUCUUUGAUGGCUGCAAGGGAAUCCGGAUGAACUCAAGAGUAUCCAGGAAGAAGUGGUUUAAAAUCAUGGUGGUUCCUUCUUUUCACAUUCUUCCAAGUAGUUGGUUUGCUGCAUGUUCCACCAUCUCUCUUUGUAUUUUCUCUUCAAAUAUACAGCAAGCUUUUUACUUGGGUCUUCCUGACACCACCACAAAUAACCGCACAAAGCAGCUUUGCUUUUGCUUGUUUUGGGAGUUUCCUCCUUAAAUGAGACCUUGUGCUACAGGAUGAUACCAGAGUCUGAAAAUGUGAGAUGACCAAAUAACACUGUGCUUGCUUUGGAAAAAAAAAAAAGCAAGGUGUAUGAAAAAGCGUUCCUGCAAAACUGUGUUCAGUGAGGUUUGGCCAUUAGCCAUCUAUCAGGAAUAUUCAGGAAAAGCAAUACUGGCACUGGGACAUCUCGGAAGAUGUGGAUAGGUAGUGGAUUAAUUCUCUGUAAUAAGAGGACUAAGGUUUGAAACAUACAAGUUGCCAAAUGAUAAUUGCCUGUAAUAGCUAUCUAAUAUAGUGGGUCUUCUGUUAACCUUUAAAUUUUCUGUUCUUAAUUAGAACAAUGGAGCAGUACCAGGAGAUCACUGGAGCAUGAAAUCUACAAAUGCAUGCUUCUGUGGAAGACAGAGUGCAAAAAUAUCCUUUUUCUUGGGGAAAAAAAAGCCAAACAUUAUGGGAUAUUUAUGCCAGGCUUCACAAGCUAUCAAUUUAUGUGAAGAUUUCACUCUUUCUAAGAUAGUCAUCUAAUUGGUAGCAGUGCCAAGCUUAGAUGCAUCAGAAAAAGUUAUGUCAAGAGUCUCAGGCAGCUUUGCAAAUCUGAUAAAAACGAUAGGCCUCGGUUGAUUUGCAGACAUUUGCUUUCAUGCCUUGUUACUGCCAUUCUUCUUUUAAAACCACAAAUCUGUUGAGUGCUACAGAUUAAUUAGUGGAAAAUGUUUAUUUUUAUGAAUUUAGAACUUAAAUGAUGUGAAAAAAAUGCUUGAGACUGAGGACUGUGUUUUUCUAAUGCUGAAGAUAGGAAAUUUUAGAUGAGUGAUGGGUUAGAAACAACAGGAAGGUCCAUCUAGUGGCUAGUAGAGUGCAAUAAGUAUCUUAAGAAAGCUUAAUUUAGAAAAAAAAAGUACUAUCAGUUGGGAAUUCCCCCCUUCUCUCCCCGUUGCCCCCCCACCAGUCACAUUUAAUUAAGGGAGCAAAGCCAGAAAUUAGUGGGAAAGUGAAUCCAUUCCAAUCAAAAGACCAAAGAUACAUCAAAAGCAACAGGGCCUUCUCUUGUCUGGUUGCCAAAGCAUUCAUGAUUUCUUUGCUAAUCCCAGAAAGUCAAGCCAUAUUAUCUUUGUUACCAAGUGCUUGCACUGAUUUCUGACCCCCCCCCCACCUUUGUUUUUAAUAUAGUGCCAGAUACAGAUAUCUUUUCAGACUGAUGGUAAUGGAAAGAGGUUAAUGGGGGCUAGAAACUAAGAUAUUGAAAUAAAAGCUUCUUUUUAGAGUUUAAUAUAGAAUUAGGAGUUAAUGAAAAGAGGGUGAAACAUCAAAACCAUGAGUCUGGGAAAGUUUGAGAGAGUAGCUGUUCUAUCAGUGACCACUGAAUUGCUUUCAUCUGGAAUAUCCCUGGUAAAUAAUUGAUUGGGGUUGAUAGAAGUAAAAGAAUGGUUUCCAGUUAUGAGGCGGAGUGAGCAGAGCUCAGACUUGUGUCUGACUAGUGGUUGUGUAAGUAUAGAUACAAUAGGAACAGAUGUUUAAAUCAGAUAGUUUUAAGAGGAGAGAGAAACAAGAAAUCUAAGGUUCCAGUGUAUUCAGCAGUUUUUUUUUCUGGCUGUACCUAUUUAUCUUGCAUCUGGUCCUAAAUUAUAACUUUAACCAUCUGCCAGCAUUGCCUUCAAGGAUAUUAGUUGCUUGGUCUUUGUGCUAGUUUUGUUCCCUGUAAGGGAUCAGGGCCUAACAAAAAGCAGGUUGCUAAUACUCAAAGCAUUCCAUUCUGAUUCCUCACUGAGCAGUGCUAUAUAUUCAAAGAAUAGUUUGUUUGUCACCGCCUCUUACGUUAAAAUAGAAAAAAACCUUCCAAGUGAGAUCAUCUUUAUAAUUGCUGCAUCAUUUAGGCUGCAAAUAUGGACCAAAGUAAUCAAAGGACCACUUGUAACUAAAAUGUAAACAAAUCAAACUAAGAACCCAUGUCUGAAGGUGAAGCCAGAAGGAUUUUUGAGGUUCCUGUGUGAGAUCUCUAAGGAUAAGAAUCAAUGCAAAUGAUAGACAGAUUGAUACAGAUGAAAAUUGCACAAUUGAGUUCAGAUUCUAGUUCUUAAAGUAUUUCAUUCAAUUUGUUGUAAGCAUUCUUCUUUCUUUUCUACCUAUUUCCACCUGAUUAACCCACUGUACAAUUAGUGAGGAGGGAGAAACAUUACUACCUGCUUAAAUGCUUCAAAAUAAGCUGCCUUGGUAUAUCCAAGCAAAGAGAGAAGACAGUUGAAAGCUUUCUGUAUGCUCUCCCCAAAUUCCCUUCCUUGUUUAAUUACAUCUAAAUAGUUAUAAUUUUACCUUGCUUCAGUGUGAGCUAUCACACUUGGAACUUUGGCCCUAACUGCACAAAGGGACUAUUGAAAUUGUUCAUCACUGGCUCUGAAGAGGUGUAUGUAAUUGUUUAUAUGCUUACUGAGAAAAAUUAGACUUAAUGGAACUUUUCUGUGGAAAUAAGUUUGACGCAAGCUUGUUCUACAAAGAAAAGGAGUAAGUGAAAGGUGUGCCCAAUUCCUUUAUUGUGCCUCUUAGCUUUAAAUACUGCCAGCUGGCAACAAUAUAAGAUUUCAAGCAUCAUUAAUGCAUCCUGGUGGAGCUCUGAAAUCAAAUAUGAGUUUUGGUUUAGACUGCAUCUUCACUGAUCUUGAGAGCAGAACUGCUCUAAGGUGAGAAUGUUCUGAGAAAAGGAUGAAUCUCUUUCCACUAAAAGCAAAAGUUUGACAAGUAAGGUACCUUUCCUGGUGAGAUUAUAAACCAUUGAGGGGAUUGUUGUUAUAUCAUGUCUAAGGUUAGCUGGAAGAAGGAAGGAAUGGAAUUUUGCUGAUCAUAUUCUUGUUGGGUCUUCUGCCUUUCAGGGUAAGCAGAACUGAAAUUAGGCAUCAUCUCUUUAAAACUGCUAUGUAUAAGACUGAGGGAUUGAAGCAGUUCUUCUUAGAGUUGCCUAUAGUUUGGAUAGGGUCUGACAAACAAAUUCUUAUUUUUGCUGUAAUCAAUUAGAACAGUGAUUCUCAAACUUGGCAACUUGAAGAUGCAUGGACUUCCACUCAAAUUCUGGCAGUGGAAGUCCACACAUGUUCAAGUUGCCAAGUUUAAGAAAUACUGAACUAAAAUAUUGUCUCCAGAGACAAUAGUCCUUUUGUCUUUCCUUUUUAUCACCAGUGGGGACUGAAGAAUCCUUUCCACAGCUACAGAAUGUGGGAUCAGUUUUGGUUUUGCAUUCUCCGUUGUUUGAAAGUAAUGUUUGCUCUGAGUUGCAAAAACAUCCCCAGGCCCCAUCCUCAUCAUUCUGUCAUUAGUUCAUUUCUUAGCUGCUUUUCAAGAGGUCAUUAUUUAAAGGCAGACAUGUUAAUAGGAAACAUGUGCCAUUUAAAUGUGUUGAUUUGUAACUCUGAUCUGACCUGAAAUGAACACUUUUUAUAGAGCCCUCAAACUUCAUAUCCAUUUCUGGCUUGAUUGUUUGUACUUAUAUGUUGUAUCCAUUAUAACUCACUCCUUCAUUCAUACUACAAAACAGAUGCCUACCUGAACUGCUUAACUGCAUUGGUGCUUAUACCCCAGGAUAGUGCUUCUACUCACAUUGUUACUUCACAUUUGAUGGAUACUUCUACCAGAAGAAAGACAAACAAAUGUGCUGAAAGCAAGGGUUCUGAUAGACUUGGCUAGUUAAUAAUAUAUUGGAUGCACAUAGCAAUUCAUGUUAAAAGGUAUUUCUAGUCAGUUUGAUUGACUCUAGCUGAACAAUGGAAAGAAGAUAUCACUGAGGUACAAGAAGGCUGCUGUACUCUCACUAGCUUAGAAUAAACAGUUGAGUAUCUUCAUUUUUAAUGGUUCAUAUGGCAAAAUGGCUACUUCAUCAUGCGUACCUGCUUUGGUUCCUUCUGCUAACCACCCUAUCUGAAAGCAGGGAACUGGAAAUAGUAGUACUAAUAAAUCAAAACAUAACCUUUUAUUGAAUACGGCUUCUAUUUUUAUGGUUUAAAAUGGUUUAACAAUCAGUGUAAUAUAUUUUGUUGAAUUUCUUUUCUGCAUAAAAGGGUUGAGAAAAUGAAUCAAUUAAGCCAUCUAAGCCUCAUUCAAACCCCAUCAUUUGUGUGUUCUUAUGUAUAAAAUGAUUAUAGAGAUCUAAUAUUAACAUAAAUACAACCUUCUUAUAAAUGAUGCAUGACAACAAGCACAGUAUUUAAGUAAAAGCAUGCAAAAGCAAAACUCGUACAAUAUGUGGAUUAUCAUUCAUUUUCUAGAAAUACAGCCAGGCUACAGAAUUAUUUUUAAAAUGUGGUGUGAAUGAAUUUAUUUUACCUAAUGCAAUAGAGGGUGAGUGUAAAAAAUCAGAGAAUGAUCGUAACAACAUACAUGUAUUUUCAAUAAAAAGUAAUAAUUUUUUAAAACAAAAAAAGCAACAAAGCAUGCUUGAUCCAUUAAAAUAUAUACUCGGUGAAAGCAGGGAGGGGUGGGAUAAGAUUUAACACCAACAAGAUGGCAGUAAGUUUGAUCAGUGUCUUGUGUAAUUAAUAUUUGCAAAACUGGUGGCAUUUUUACUAUGUUCAGAUAGCCACAAUACUGCAGCUUCAAUGUUCUGUGUGGUGUUGAAACCUUCUACUGUUGAAGCAAAUUUAGAAGCCAUAUUAGAUCACAGGCUGCCAGGAUCCUGAAAGGGGGAUUGGCUAACAGGUGAUCCUUGCUCUCUCUGCUUCCCUGUCCCUGUUUUCUUUGUCUGUCUUUCUGUCUAACUGUUAUGUUAUCCACUUGGGUCACUGAUGAGUGAUAAGGCUGGCUUGAGGCUGAGGCCCUGCCUGGGGUCUGACCUUGUUAGGCUAUGAAUGGCAUUGGUCUGAAGCCUUUUCUUAGCCUGUGAAUAGGGGCUCUGGUGGCAGAUUUGGGAACUGGAACAUCUGGAGGUUUAUCAGUGCUCAUAACCUAUUUGGCUGUUCCUCUUGGCAAGAAUUAUGAUAGCAGUGGCUAUACCUGGGAGGCUGACCAUCGUUUGAAUUUCUCAUGGUGUUACUCAGGCAUGUUGGGGGAAAUUUAAAUGCUGGGCAGUUUUCCAGAAUAGAGAAGCAGUAACUGACAUUGGAGCUCUUUCCUAUUUGCUUGAAAAAAUAGAGCUAUUUGGCAAAUACUAGCAGUUUGACGGUUUCUGUCACUUUAUGCCUGGCAACAGAGUAUAAAAUAUAUGCUUUCAAAAUUAUUUGGAAGAAAUGCUUCAGCUCUCACACCACUGCUGCAACUGUCUUACUAAGUAGCCACCUUUUUUUCAAGACUUUGUUGGAAUACUGAGAAAAAGAUACUACAGCUUUUAAAGUGAACUGUAAGUAAAUUUUCAAAGCUUGCACAGCCUUACUGCCUAAAAUAGUGGCUGCCUUUUUCAGUAAGAAUUCUUAGUGGUUAAGACACCUACAACUGAUGCAACCAUGUUUUGUGUACAUGGACAUUACACUUUGGUUACACAGCUUCAAACAGGAAAUAUUGGUGAGCAUAUCAAGGUUUAUGUUAUGAAGAUAGCACUUUUUAGCUAGAAUUUUCAGAAUGCUAUCUAGCAUAAUUUAACUAAAAUCACUUCUGUGCUUAAGGAGUGUAUGGCAAAGAAGCCUCUAUUUCCUGUAAUUUUAUAACUGGUUGUUUAUGGAUAAGAGGACCAGGACUCAAUCUUGAGAGAAACAGACUAGUGUUUAAAGUGGUGCAGUAUUAAUAAAGUAUCUGAAGAUCAUCAAGGCAGUUUUGAUUAAGACAGUGUACUUGGUCAUCAGGGACCACUAAACUACUCCUCAUAUGCUACUUGAACUAUAGAAAUCUAAGCAGUGAUGGCAGCAAUGCAGAAGUGUUGCAAAUGGCCCAGGAAGAAAAAUACAGUGCUAUCUGGGAUUUUUCCCAUCUGCUUUAAAGUGCCAGGUGCUUUUGUGCCUUUAGCACUAUAUUUAUGAACAAAGAUCACCACAUCAUUAUUUGACCACCUAAUAGCAUUUGACACUCCUAUUAAAUGCAUAACUGCAAAGAGAGAUGAUGGCACCCCAACCUCCAAAUUAGAACAGUUGUAUGAAGAGAUAUUCAUGAUGACCCACUUAAAGGCUAGGUAACAAAAGGCUUCAGACUUCUGAUACUCAGGUGUAGGGUGGGACCUCAGCUCCUUCCCAUUCCAGCCAUAUUUCCUCUUUGUGAUGUAGAAGCUUCCCAAACUGACUAAAUUUACUGGAGUCUUCAUCUCCAGGUAUCUUCCCUACUUCAGGUGCAACAUGAAUUCAACUCCCCUAAGCCUGCAGGAAGCUGCUUUUAAUGCUCCCUUCCCUAUGGACUGUUUCUGUCUUUAUUGUCAACCUGUUAUUUUGUAAUGAUACGUGUCUCCUUAUUAAAGAAAUUAGCUGAAA